AAGUGGGGACGGCUCUGGUUCGAGACAAGGUCCUCCGCAGGCAAAUGAGGACGGGGAACAGCUGGAUCCCUCUUCUGCUGGCCCUACUGGCUGAGACUGGCAAGAAAAGUUUGAGUUUCUGGUGGCCGUACUUGUCUCUGGUUCCGAGUGAGACGGCUGUGGGUCCUCCCCACCUCUGGUCUCCCGAGGAGAGGAGCCAAUUAUUGCAGGGGACGGGGGUGGGGGAGAGGGUGCAGCGAGAUCUGGCCAACAUGGAGAGAGACUAUCACAGCAUUGUUCUCCCCUUCAUCCAGCGUCAUCCUCUCCUCUACCAGGGAUCAGAGCAUUCUCUGCAGAUGUACAGAGACCUGGUCUGCCUCGUGAUGUCAUACAGCUUCACUGACUCGGCAGAGGAUGAUGACGUGUCCCGCCAGACAAUGAUGGUCCCGUUUGUAGAUCUCCUCAACCACCACUCACAGCACCACGCAGAGCUCCGUUUCCACUCCUCGUACCUCCAGCUGGUAGCCAUCAGAGAUAUUCCCCAGGGUUCAGAGGUCAUGAAUACCUACGGUCCCCUGUCCAAUGCCAGCCUGCUACAUGCAUAUGGCUUCACCGAGGAGGGAAAUCCCCACGACGUGGUGAGUGACAUCAUCACCAUACCGGAGUGUGUGUUUUGUCAAAUUUUGCCAAUACAGCAAAAUGGCUAUCGUUUGAGUGCUCAUUUAUGCAGGCUCUGAUCCAGAGUACUACUCUCAGGAAGGCGUACAGUAGUCUUCGAGGAUCACAUGACAUGUCAUGUGACCAGAGGUGGGAGAGGGUCAGGGAGGACGUUUCGGAGGAUGAAUUUGAAGUUGAUAUUUCAGGUUCUCCUGAACCCAGCCUCGUCGCUGCCGUGAAGCUGCUGAUGGUUGAGGAAGAAGAGUAUGACAGCAUGUGUCAUUACGUAAUGGAUGAGAAAGUGGAUUUGAAACUAAAGUCACUGUCGAAGGUAGAGAGAAAGUUUCUGCUGAGGUGAGUGUCAAAGAAUGGUUCAUGCUAGUAAGGCAGCCCCUUUUUCAUUGCCUUGUUAGAGUGUGCAGAGCCUGCCUGGCUGACUUGUCCAACGAGACCUGUGGGGAAGGCGAAGACAAGAAGUGCUUAGUCUUGCAGCUCUCUUCAAGUCAGAGACUGUCGUUAGAGAAACUU